AUGGAGAGGAACGACACGGUGCCGAGCAGCGCGUGCGAGACCGAGCUGGAGUGCCGAGUUGCGCUGGAUAACUGCACUGGCGCUUUGGACGCUAAUCUUUCCGUGCGCUGCUGGCUGCAUCUGCUGACACAGGAGUAUGACUCGGCGCUACAGGGUGACCCCUCGAGCCUGGCAUUGCGCGUGAUGAUUGCGCUCGUGUACUCGGUGGUUUGCGCGCUCGGACUGGUGGGCAACGCGCUGGCGCUCUACCUUCUCCACUCGCGCCACCGGAAGAAACAGAGUUCCAUUGAUUGCUUUGUUAUGGGCCUGGCCUUUACUGACCUGCAGUUUGUGCUCACCCUGCCCUUCUGGGCCGUGGACACUGCGCUGGACUUCCGCUGGCCUUUUGGUCGCAUCAUGUGUAAAAUCGUCAGCUCUGUGACCACCAUGAACAUGUACGCCAGUGUGUUCUUUCUAACCAGCAUGAGUGUGGCUCGUUAUUACUCCAUCACAUCAUCCUUGAAGAUGCAUGGACACCAGUCAGCUGUGAUUAGAGCCAAGUGGGUCAGUGUAGGCAUCUGGGCUGUGUCACUCCUAGCCACGCUGCCACAUGCUGUCUACUCCACCGUUGUUCAGGUGGCACCAGAUGAGGAGCUCUGCCUCGUCCGUUUCCCAGAGUCGGGCAGCUGGGAUCCUCAACAGCUUUUGGGCCUGUACCAGCUGCAGAAAGUGCUGCUAGGAUUCAUCAUCCCACUGGUGGCGAUCACUCUUUGCUACCUGCUGCUCCUGCGCUUCGUGAUGAGCCGUAGGAUCCUUGGAAGUGUAAGCUCAGAGACUGAGCAGGGUCGCAACAAGCGCCGGUCCAAAGUCACAAAGUCAGUUGUGAUUGUGGUGCUUUCCUUUUUUCUCUGCUGGCUGCCUAAUCAGGCUCUCACACUCUGGGCUGUGCUCAUUAAGUUUGACAUGGUGCCCUUCAGCAAUGCCUUCUACAAUGCCCAAGCCUAUGCUUUUCCUCUCUCAGUGUGCCUGGCGCACACCAACAGCUGCCUAAACCCAGUGCUCUACUGUCUCAUCCGCCGAGAAUUCCGUGCUGGCCUCAAGGAACUAAUGAUUAAGGCCACGCCAUCUUACCGGAGCCUGGCACAGCUGCUCCCCCGAAAGGCAAAAGUGGCAGAGGCACCCACUGUUUUGGUCUUAGUGCAGAUGGAUGUCUAA